AUGCCUACUAUGGCUUCUUGGGCAUUCUCCGUGAGCAUCACGACUCGUUCAAGAACGCAACUAGCCACUGACCCAAGGGCAGAGAACUACAUUCAAAAUCGCAGAGACGACCCGUUGCGCCCUGGCGCCCUGGGACUCGGCCAGGACAUUGCCUCCUUGAUGAUCAACUGUUUCACUCUCGUUAGCCAAGUCACGCCUCUCGCGACGGCAGCCAUUGCAGAUUCAUAUCUUGGUCACUACAAGACCCUUCGCACCUGUUUCUGCAUGUACGCCGUCGGACUUACCAUUCUUCUAAUAACGUCUCUCCCGCCCUUGCUAAGGCAAGGCUCCGGGAUUCCCGGUCUUAUUGUCGCCCUAAUUAUCAUCAGUCUUGGUGUCGGAGGUGUCAAGUCCACGUUGCCGCCAUUCCUAGCGGAGCAAUGCCAUGCGUCCAAGACUAGAAUCAGGAUCUCCAAGACAGGAGAGCGAGUCAUUGUUGACCGUGAGGCGACCGUCGAGUAUGCUUUCAACGUCUACUAUUGGUGUGUGAAUAUCGGUGGCCAAGCCAUUGUUGCAUCAACCUUGCUCGAAAAGAACAUCGGUUUCUGGGUCGCGUUUCUGAUAUGCACGUGCGCCAUCUUCCUUGGCCUCACUCUGCUCUACCUGGGCCGAAAGCAUUAUGUCAAUCUUCCUCCAGACGGCAGCGUUCUCCCAUCGGCGUGGAAAGUCAUCUACAUUGCCGUCAGAAAUGGGUUCCGACUAGACGCCGCCAGACCUGAAAAGGUGGCCGAUGAUACUGGCAAGACAGUAAAGUGGCGUGACAGCUUCAUCGAGGAGAUGAAAAAGGCGUUAGUCGCCGCGCGCAUUGGCGUCCCAUUCGUCGUCUACUGGCUCUGCCAGAACCAACUCACCAGCAAUACAAUCUCCCAAGCAGCCAACAUGGAGACAAGCGGCGUCCCCAACGACUUGAUGCCCGACCUGAACGCCAUUACCGUCCUACUAUGCCUCCCACUGGCAACGCACGGCCUGUACCCGCUGCUGCGCAGGCUGCGCAUCAGCUUCCCGCCGGUGACGCGCAUCGCGCUCGGCUUCCUGCUCGAGGCCAUGGCCAUGGGCUUCGCGGCGGGCGUGCAGGGCUACAUCUACGCGUCAGGCCCGUGCUACGACCAUCCGCGCGCGUGCCCAGCGUCGCCAGACGGCAGCCUGCCCAACCGCGUCAGUGUCGCCAUGCAGAUCCCCAUAUACGUCUUCGAGGGCCUCGGCGAGAUCUUCUCAAACCCGGCCAUGUACGAGUAUGCCUUCACCGAGGCGCCUCACAGCAUGAAGGCUGUGCUGCAGGCUUUCUUCGCCCUCACCGCCGCAGCUGGCUCUGCGCUCGGCCUCGCUUUAACCCCAACGUACAGGGACCCUUACUUGCUGGCCAUGUACGCGUCGCUGGCCGGCGCCAUGUUUGUCGGCGCCGUUGGGGUUUAUGCACUUCUAGGGCCGAGGCGGAGACGCGCCGAUAGCGAGGCUGGCUCAUGAGUAUGAACGAGGCCUGGGAAGGCUUCACAGCUCCCGGCAACUGAACCUCCGACCACCAGCGGCGAAGAUGCGCUUACUGCGAUAAUGUCAGGCUGAGCGUGAAAUAUGCAGCAACGUGGAAUGCAACCUCGUCGGGCGUCGGCAUCGUAGAAGCGCAGACUUUACUGUUGCGGUCUAUACUGCGGUACGGUAAGCAGUGCGGUGAUCCGCAAACGUGGUAGAUAGCACGAUAGCGCGUAAGUAAACGAGCGCAAGGUUCCGCGGACCCUCAGCAGAUUGGAUCUUGUACCUAGGGUCAGCAAGACACGUCACGGGGUUGCCGAAAACCGGCUAGCAUCUGUCAAAGUAGCGUCGGAAAGCGCAACUCAGCAUAAGCAGUCUUGGCGCGCUAUUCCCAGUGUGAG